AUGGGAGGGACCAGCUCGCAGCCGAUUGAUGUUCGGGUCACCGACCGGAAGAGUCUCACCAAGGAGCUGUGCCUGCGGCGCAAGGAUUACGAGUCCAUGCAGCAUAGGUAUUGUGUGGAGGAGCUGACUAACAGCCAGGAGAACAGCAGAACCAGGAUUGCUCACCUGCUUCAUCGAGCAGCAAUCCGUGACCCGGAGAUUUGCAAGGGCGGCGAAAACUCGCAGGUCUUCAUGGAGGCUGGCAUGCUGCCCUUGGUCAUCUCCUUCCUGUUUGGAGGGGCGCUGAUAAGGUGUUUCGAGGUAUGCCCAUUGUGGUUCGUGAUCUACUACAAGACAUUGGACCAGGUCUUCUCAAAGAUCGACAAGGGCUUUAAACAGUACUACGGCCAGUCCCUCCACUUGGAGUACGCUCGCACGGACUGGUCUCCGGUACAUGUGGCUGAGGCUGGAAUCCGCAUUGAUCGGAUCUUGAUCGCGAGGGUGACAAGCCACCACGUGAACCACUGCACCAAGGUCUCCUACGGCUAUGCCUACAAGAGCGGGCAGUUCGCAGAGGAUGAGAACGACAUGGCAAAAGCAGAGGAGCGAAAGGAUCCCUUUGAGUGCUCCUUCAAGUUCGACACUUACACGAGGGGGAAGUCCCGAAACUUUUGGAUUCACAAGGACAUUUGCCGAUUUCAUGGUGAUGAGACGCGCGUGGCAGCCACGCAGAACAUCACGCCUGUCUGCGUCAACGACCGCAUCGAGAUUGCCGUGAACCUCUUCAAUGCCAUGGGUUUAGUGGAUGUCGAUAAGGUCGGUUGGCGGCCUCUGGAGAUUUUCCCGAUGCAGGACCGAGAAUGCCCGAUCGAGCAGGAACUCUUCGAUUGGUACGACUUAGACUCCUUCCAGUCCCAGAGUGUGGAGAGGCUGCAGAUCCCGGACUUCUUCAGCCCACAGCUGAUGCACAUGUCUACAGAGUACGCUGGCAUUGACGUCGCCGUCAGCCGCACGCGACUGCGAGCGGAAGCGCAGGGCGUUGUGCCGCAAGCAGACCGCAUCCUUGGCUCACGCUUCGAGGUCCUGCCCAGGAGCAGCCCGAUCAUUCUCCCGCUGAAGCGAGUGGGUCUUCAGCAUGAUCGCUUUACCAAGAUCCAGUUGCGUCAGGGCGACUGCAUCCUUCUGUAUAUCAGCCAAGGAGGCAAAAUGACCUGA